AUUUAAUCAUUCUUCAACCGAAAGUAUUAUUUCUGGUACAACAUCUUAAAGACUUAGUUGAAUAAUAUAAAUUUGUAACUGGAAGAAAAAUUAAUUGCGUUUAGUAUAUUAUUUUUGGAAUUUAAAUAAAGUUUCCUGGGCGAUGUAUUUUAAUACAGCAAUUAUUUUUAUACUGUCAUUAGGUCAUGCACUUGGCGAAUACCAAUGUAAAUACUUGGACCAGUUCGAAAAAACACGAAGUAUCGUCUGCGAAACGGGUUGCUGUGGUGACAUACAUUUGGCUUACUGUUGCCAUAGAUAUCUGCCUGGAAUCAUAAUUGGCAGCGUUGGCGGUAUAAUUUUUCUUGCUGUUCUUGUUGUCGUCAUACAUAUCUACUAUAGAAGAUGCAGACGACAAGGGUAUUCCAAUAUGGUUGAAGAAACCCGAAACUAUGGUGCCAUAGAGAGGACCAUGUCAUAGAGAGGACCGUGUCAUAGAGAGGACCGUGUC